AUGGAAAAGAAAGCACGGGCAAAGAAAAUCAAACCCACUUCAACCCGCAGGGAAGAAACUCCAGAAUUACCACCGCCGCGGGAAGGAUGGCCGCCGAGCCCACAACCAGAACCGCAACUACCAGAGCCGACUCCUCAAGCGCCAACAAUGGUCUUCUUGGAUGCAAUGGCGGAAUUCCUUCGACAGCAGGAACCUAAUAGAGAUUGGGCGGCGGCGCUGGCCGGUUUUAGUCAAAUCGGGGGAAUAGGGAGCAUGACCGGAGAAACCCCAUCUGAACCGAUUGUGAAAUCCACGGUACAACCACCUAGCUCUAUUCCGACUUCUUCCAAAAUUCCACCAGGAAGAGAAUCUCCCUCAAUUAUCGUACCGCCUGAGUCUGCGAAACCCUCCCAAACUCCACAACAGAGUGAUUCGAUGGAGGUUGACCCCAUCUCCGCCCAUUACGAUUCCGAUGCAGAAGAACGUGAAGCGAGAAGAAGAGAGAAGGAAAAGGGCCAGAAGGGAGGCGAUGAACCAGAGAAAACGCCAACAGCGGAACCCAUUCCCCAAGAAGCAGCAAGGGAAGAGAUAGAUUUGAAUGAGACGACCAAGAAAACAAGGCUUAAUGACUGA